AUUCACUGCAUUGUCUUUAAAUCUAGUUCCAGGAAAGUACAAAGGGACAGUAUAACCCUGAGCUCACGGUCACUGUGGAAGCCUCAUGACAACGCUGUAAAAGUUCUCAACUGAGUUUUGCUUAAAGAGGAAAGCAUUUACUUAAACCUUCCCUUCACAUUGAAGACUUCACCAUCAUUUAAACUUUCCCGAAAAAUACUGUGCAUCUGACUCUCAUUUAAAAAUGAAGUUGAUCUGGAUAACAUUAUUUAUGGUACUGCAAGGAGCUACAAGUUUCUUAAUCAAAAACAUUAGACAUAAACAAUGCAUGCAAGCCAGUUUGGAAGAUGGGAACUUGCAUCUUAAGAAUUGUAACAUCAACUCAAAGCUUCAGCAUUGGCUCUGGAAAGAUAAUUUCAUGUUAGUGAAUAAAGGCACAAUGAAAUGCCUUUCUGCCUACAGUGGGUCUGGAGUAGUUCAGACUGCUUCAUGUGAAAAUACAGAUGGUAUAAAAUGGAAAUGUAUUACUGACAGGCUGCAGUCUUGGGAACAUUCCAAAUAUCUAUCGGCCAAUAUUAGCAAUGUCUUUUUAGCUGAUGAAAAAAAUAGCAAUGCCAAGUGGAUGGCAACUGGAGGCAUGACUUUGUGUGAUAAAAGUAUGGCAAUGCCAGAGGGAGCAACAAGUAAACCAGGUGCUACUAGUUCCUCAUUUGCUGCAAGUCCAGAAGGAAACCUACGCAUGAGCACCUCUACUAACAAGACCCAAGGGAUGUCUUCAGCACAGCUAACCCAGCUGCUGUGGUUUUUCAGGGCAGAAGAUCCAACCAAAUGGAAUUACUCAAUUCUAGGACUUGCUUUGGUGGCACUGUUAUGUGGUCUACUUGUUCUUGGAUGCAACAUAAUGGGAAACAAGAAAAGGAAGGCCAUACUUCAACAUCAAGCUGCAACACAAACACAAAUCCCAAAUAAGUCUACAGGUCAUCCAGAAACUAAGCAAGCAUUGCUCAGUUUAAGAGACAAUGAAAGCUUAAACUCCAGUAAUGAGCAGACAAAGUGGACCCAUCCCUUUCCAGACUCUGAGCCCAGACCUGGAGAUAUUGUUGUUCAGUGGAAAGAUGGCAACACAACUACACUUUUCAAAGAUGGAACAGAGCAUGAAGCAAAAUAGAUAUAGAGUGGAGACUUCCAAUGGGACAAGUGAUAUAAGGAUGGUCAACUGUGGAAUAUAAUUAAAGAGUUAGAAAAAAAUAUUUGUUUGUACUAGCAGACACACACACACACACACACACACACACACACACACACACACACACACACACACACACACACACACACACACUCACGCAAGAGUGACAGUAGGAAACUGAUGUAAAGUAUAUCAAAACUAUUGCUUUUCUAGUUUCUUUGUUACCAACAGCUUCCAUUACAACAAAGUCUCGGGUUUCUAGCACAUUUGUCAAGUGAACCAGAAAAGUAUAUUCAACAUGUAUUGUUAUUAGCUCAUUUUUCUAUAUAUUGAAGACAGUAAGACCUACAAUGUUUUAUAAGUAAGAUAUAAAAUGUUUGACUUUUUAUGUAGUGUAUUAUUUUUUAUUAAUGAAUUAUUUCUAAGGAAUAUUUGAGGCAAUGACUGAUAAAAUGAUUUUACUGAAAUGUAAUUGGAUAUACCACAUUGCUAUCAUUAAGUUACUAUAGGUCAGCUGUAAUGUAUCAAGGGAUACUGUUUUAGAACAGCACAAAUGCCGAUUACAAUUAGCUCACAAGUACUUCUAAUUUCUUAUCAAUUUAUGUGCAUAACUCUUUUAUAUAAAUUGAUUACACAAUUUAUAAAUUGUUCUGUAAGAAACUGCUGUCAUUAAGUUGAUAAAUUAUAAUUAUAAAUUACUACAAAUCCUAAAAUGUGAACAAAUUCAUUGCCCUAAUUACACCUUCAGGAGGUAUAAGUUUUUGUACACAGUCUAAUCACCAUAUUCAUUGUGUGAUGAAAGUCCUAGAGCAAGCAAUUUCAUAAAUGUGUUUUCAUGUCAUGCUGUCUUAUGAUGAAGUUCUCUUGAAGGAAAAAGGUAAUGUUGUUUAUUACACAGGAUCAUAUAUGUGUAGGAGUUAAACAGGAGCUUCCAAA